CUCCGGCUAAAUCCUUUAGCGAUAAACCUUUUUUUCCUUAAUCAAUUUCUUGGAGAGUCUAAAGACUUGUUUUCCGAGACACUCGAAGGGGUUGCGCUGCCAAACUGCGCUCUCGCUGGUGCUUGCGAGAAAGUCCGAUCGAACCUUCCCUUUAGGGCCAAUCUCGAAUUUCUCCAGACUGUCAGAGCGUUUCCAAUUCCAUUUCCCCAGAUCCCUUGGUCGCUCAGACUCAUUGUGUCUUCGUUGAACAUCCUACCUUUCUCCUCUGUGGCCAGUGGUGGAAGAAGUCAGCUUCACCUCGAACUCACCCAUCUCGUUCAUCUCUGUUCUCCUUUUUUCCCUUGUCGCGCGACAUCGGACAACGGUUUCCGAGCGAUCAAGAAAGACCUGCCACCAUACCUUUGACGACUAAUCGCGCGACACCUUUAAUCUCAAACUAUGGCGACCGUGACGGAAGCUGUGAAAGAGUCGCUGGUGGGCUCUGCACACCCGACCGGCCUGACCAACGAAUCGCGUACCACAUUCUUCCAAAAUUCCAGACAAGAUGGUGAGGAGAGUGAGCUGUACAUGAAUGAGGAGGAUUUUAUCAAUGCUAUUGCACCACCGCAGGAAGAUUAUCACAAAAUCAAGCGAGAACAGUAUGGCAUCCUCUUUAGUGUCGCAGAUCGACACAAGCGCGGCAGAAUCUCAAUGAGUGAAUGGGCUGCCUUUGACAAUUUGCUCGGCAAACCAGACGCAGAAUACGAGAUCGCAUUCAGACUGUUUGAUGUGGAUGGAGCUGGUUCAAUCAAGUCAGAAGUCUUCCAGAAGAUCUACGAACAGAACCGUGGUCAAGACAGCAUACCUUUCGACUUCAAUUCAGAAUGGGCCUCAUUAUACAUUGGUGGUCAGAAGAAGAGACACGAGAUGACAUACCCACAAUUUGCACAGAUGAUGCGUGGUCUGCAGGGUGAACGGAUACGACAGGCAUUCCACCUCUACGACAAAGACAAGGACGGCUACAUCGACCCUGAAGACUUUGAACGUAUCAUCCGUGCCACCGCCGGACACAAGCUUUCAGAUCAUCUUCUCCAGAAUCUACCCACCCUGUGCAACAUCUCAACCGGCACCAAGAUUUCCUACGCCAACGUCCGUGCUUUUCAGAACGUGAUUCGGGAAAUGGACCUGCUAGACCUCAUCAUUCGCAAUGCAACCAAGAAAUCAUCCGACGGCCGAAUUGACCGGACAGAAUUCCUCAACGAAGCCGCACGACUGACUCGAUUUUCCCUGUACACUCCCAUGGAAGCCGACAUCCUGUUCCACUUCGCCGGUCUCGAUCACCCUGGUGGCCGAUUGGCAUUGGACGAUUUCGCCAAAGUUCUCGAUGCAAGCUGGCAAAGCUCCAGACUUGGAGAAUCAGUGACCGACACAGCAGAUCGCGUCGUAUCCAAAUCCAGACAAUUCCUGUCCAGCAUGCUCGAGUCCGCACACCACUUCGGACUGGGCAGUAUCGCUGGCGCUUUCGGCGCUUUCAUGGUGUACCCCAUCGAUCUCGUCAAGACGCGAAUGCAGAACCAGAGAAGUAACCGAGUGGGAGAGCGAUUGUACGAGAACUCAUUAGACUGUGCGCGCAAGGUCAUCCGAAAUGAAGGGUUCAAAGGCUUGUACUCGGGUGUUCUGCCACAACUUGUCGGCGUGGCUCCCGAAAAAGCCAUCAAACUUACGGUCAACGAUCUGGUUCGUGGGAAAUUCAUGGAUAAGCAGACCGGUGCUAUUCCUCUACGUGCGGAGAUCCUGGCAGGUGGUUCUGCAGGAGCCUGUCAAGUGGUCUUCACCAACCCCUUGGAGAUUGUCAAAAUCCGACUACAAGUGCAAGGCGAGUUGGCCAAGAAAGCCGACGUACCUAAACGAUCGGCAAUGUGGAUCGUGCGCAACCUGGGUAUUCUGGGUUUGUACAAAGGCGCAUCGGCAUGUCUGUUGCGAGACGUUCCCUUCUCUGCCAUCUACUUCCCGACGUACAGCCACUUGAAGAGAGAUCUGUUCGGUGAAUCGCAGACCCAGAAGCUCGGUAUCUUGCAGCUGUUGACGGCCGGUGCCAUUGCCGGCAUGCCAGCUGCGUACCUCACGACGCCGUGCGACGUGAUCAAGACGAGAUUGCAGGUCGAGGCACGAAAGGGCGACGUCACGUACAAUGGUCUUGCAGACUGUGCACGCAAGAUCUUGAAAGAUGAGGGAUUCAAAGCUUUCUUCAAGGGCGGUCCCGCGAGAAUUCUGAGGUCGUCCCCACAAUUUGGUUUCACGCUGGCGGCGUAUGAGGUUCUCAGCACGUCGUUCCCGUUUCCGGGUAGUGAGGAGGCGGAGGCUCAGAAGGCUGCGAAGGGGAGUGCGGCGGGGAAGAUGGAGCCGGGCGUUGGUCUUAGAGAGGCUAAGGCUCCGUUGCCGUAUCUUAGGAGUCGAAACGCGUUGAAGAUUCUGUUGGAUUUGGAUACGAAUUUCGGACGGGUCCGGGUACCGGAGGGGCCGAGGUGGUUUGGAAAGCCUUCGUCAUAAGAACUCACCUGCGGAACGGGAAGAGGAUGUGAUAUGGUGCAAUACCGGUGAGGUUGAGUGUGACGUGUGUGUGUAUACAAGCAUGGGAAAGAGAAAGACAUAAUGGGGGCUGUGCAUAUGUGUGGCGUUCUCCCCUCGGCGCAUCAGAGAUUGCGGCAUAGCGAGGUUGACUGUUAGAUUUUUUUUCAAUUGAGCAAUUCAGCUUCUUGGAUGAGUGUGUACAUUGUAUUGAG